CAGGUUAGCUGUCACUGUAACUGGUUCCAAAAUUCGGCCCUGCUCCAUUUGUCAAUAACAUGGGCAUCACUGGUAAAUCUAAGUCCACGGACCUCAUACACCUUGUUGUUAUCCCGAAAAUCUUUUGUAACUAAUGCAGGUGGCUAUUAAGAACUCUUGUCAGAUUCACAUUUUUAACAUACAGUAAGCGGGGUGUACAUAUACAUAAUUAAAUACAUAAUCUGCAUUAUGUUUCGUUCUAUAUAGUAACAAUUUCACUGAAGAAAAUUUCGAACUUCAUUUAUAUCCACACAAUUUUUUGCUCGUCACACCUUAUGGUCCACAAUGAAAUGUUUUGGGCAGAAACAGUUCGGAAGGCACAUGACUCUACCGGAUUCUCUUGCCCAAAGUAGGGCGUUCCUAAUUGUUGUCGUGUACCACCAAUUCCAUCCGGCCUUGGACAGGGUAAUUAGCCAAUCAGCGGCGGGGAAGUCCGGGCCCAGGUGCUGAAAGAACCAAUGGCAGGCCGAGGCUGUUCAAACCGGGGCGUAGCAGCUUGCGGCUGGGCGAUGAAACAAAAGAAACAAUAAAAAAGGCUCCCGGAACACAUUGAUUCCCACUUCAACCGGCGCGGGCGCUUUUUAAGACUACUAUUACCGUCAAAUAGGGAGAAAUUCUGUAAAUAAAAUUUUAUUUUUUUGCUUUAUUUUAAUAUUUUUUUAAACAAACAAAACCCCGAAGAUAGUUUCGCCAUGCCCAGCAGCACAUCUUUGCUGGUUACCGAGGAGACAGAGUCCGAGCUCCCGCCGCUGGUGGUGGAAAGGUUUGCCGACGUAGGCCUCGAUGAUCACGGCCCGCAGAGCCGCUCGGAACCGCAGGAGGCCCCGCUGCACCCGGCCGCCUCUUUCGGCUUACUGGGCGCCGUGCUGGAUCUGCAGCCCCUGUCGCGCCACCAGCCGGCGGAGGAAGAAGAAGAGGAGGAGGGGGAAGAAGAGGAGGAAGAGGUCCUAGACGAGAGCGACUCCAGCGCUCUCCUCUCGCAGGCCCAGGUCGCCGGGCUGGGCUCGGUUAUGCUCCCGGGCUUGGAGGCCCCCGAGACGGUAAUGCUGUACGGUGGGGAGCUGGAGGACCCCCAGCCUCACGCGGUGCCCGGGAUGAUGAUGAUCCUGCCGCCGGGGUACGGGGAAGCCGGGUUCGAGGCCGAGCCGCCGUCCUCGCUCUUGCGGAGGAGAAGCGUCAACACCACGGAGUGCGUGGAGGUGCCCAGCUCCGAGCACGUCGCGGAGAUCGUCGGCAGGCAGGGGUGCAAGAUCAAGGCGCUGCGAGCCAAGACCAACACCUACAUCAAGACCCCGGUGCGCGGGGAGCAGCCGGUGUUCGUGGUGACGGGGCGCAAGGAAGACGUGGCGAUGGCCAAGAGGGAGAUCCUGUCGGCCGCCGAGCACUUCUCUCUGAUCCGGGCGUCCCGGAACAAAGCCGGGCCCCUGUCGGGAGGGCUGCCCGGCGCCCCUAACCUGCCGGGCCAGACCACCAUCCAGGUGCGGGUGCCCUACAGGGUGGUGGGGCUCGUGGUGGGGCCCAAGGGCGCCACCAUCAAGCGCAUCCAGCAGCAGACGCACACCUACAUCGUGACGCCCAGCCGGGACAAGGAGCCCGUGUUCGAGGUGACGGGCAUGCCGGAGAACGUGGACCGGGCCCGGGAGGAGAUCGAGGCGCACAUCGCCCUGCGCACCGGCAGCUACGUGGAGAUGACGGGCGAGGAGAACGACUUCCACUACAACGGCACGGACGUGAGCUUCGAUGGCGGCUGCAGCUCCUGGCUGCACUCCAACCCCGCCCCCCCUGGCGGGGGGGCCCGUGGCACGCGGAUCACCUCCAACUACCGCAACGACAGCUCCAGCUCCCUGGGCAGCGGCUCCACCGAUUCCUACUACGGGGGCGGCGGCGGCGGCCGCAUGGCCGACUUCAGCCCCACCAGCCCCUUCAACGGCGGUGGGGGCAGCUUCUGGUUCGGGGAGGCCCUCCUGCCCCUGGGCUCCGAGGACUUGGGCGGGAUGGAGUCUCCUGGCUUCGACCCCGUCGUGAUGACGCCCCAGCAGGUCAUCUGGAGCCCCUUUGAGCAGGGCACCGCCCUGUUUGACGGGAGGAGCCAGCGACGGGAGAGCCAGCCCAGCACCCCCCGCCUGUCGCCCACCUUCCCGGACAGCCUGGAGCACCCGCUGGCCCGCCGGGUGCAGAGCGAUCCCCUCAGCACCCAGAGCUCCAAGUGCCAGAUGUACCUCCCGGCCUUCUCCUCUUCCAGCGACAGCACCACCUCCAGCUCGCCGCCGGACUCGGCCAGCUCGGCGGGGCUGUACCGGGGCAGGCAGGACUGCAUCAAGUGCAUGGAGAGCGAGGUGAUCGCCGCCCUGGUGCCCUGUGGCCACAACCUCUUCUGCAUGGAGUGCGCCAACAGCAUCUGUGAGAAGAGCAAACCGGUGUGCCCAGUUUGCCAGGUGCCUGUCACACAGGCCAUCAGGCUCCUGAACAUGUGAAGGCCCGGGCAGGCACGCAGGCUGGCUUGGUGUGUGUGCCUGUGGCUGUGUUGGGAUCGGUUGGUAUCAUUACAAAUCGCCCUCCGGUCUCCUUAUUUAUGUGUCACUUCGAAUGACUGUUAAAAAAAACAAUUAGGAUUUAGGCUUAAGUUGUUGGUCAUGUCAUCAAUACUUUCUCCCCAACUGAUAGCUGCUAAUGUCUACUUUCCAUUGAGAUGAAAUAUGAUGUCUGCCUUUUUAGACUAAAAUGAGGUACUAAGCCCACUGGGAACUAAAAUGAUGCCAGUUGCAAUAGGAAACCUAUGUUAAUGUUUUUCAGUGUAAAAGCUCCCUAGUCCAGUCGUCCAAGUGGAGCCGUUUUCCCUGCAGCAGUGAGACACAGAACUCCGAACUGGAUGCCUGAACACCUUUUAACUGCCUCUGACUACUGCCACACUUUUAGUUCCAGUUUACAACAACUUGUGCCUAAGCCUACUGCUAACAGUUUAAAGCUUGCGAUCAGUUCACGCAGAAGGUAUUCCUGAAAUACAGAUCCCAAUGCAGCGGUCUUGGGGACUGUAUUUGUACAAUUAGAGACGAGGAUCAACUUAACCUUGGCUGGCAGGGCACAGUCUGCCUGCCUCUGUUGGCAGAGGAGGGACUACUGGUCAUUGCACACAAUCACUGGUUUGCACUAAUGGGGGGUAUCACUGAAGAGGCUAAAAACAUUCCAUGUUUUUAUUUCUCAGCAUUUAAAGUUUACUUGUUCGAACAGGCGGGGGAGCAAGAAUUAAAUUAAAUGUUGCCCUGUAUGUUUAGAAUAAUUUUACAUUUAAACCUAAGUAUUUUCUUUUUCAAACCAAAAGAGCAGUUGUAUAAACCCUAUAGCACUGGAUAUCAAAGUAAUCAACCAGCUCUGCUGUGGCUGCAGUCCUACAGAUUGUACAGAUAUGUUUUAAUUACCGUUAUUUAUCAUCUACAGAAAAAGUCUUCAGCACAGUAACCUGAUCAGGUAAUUUAUGUGGAGGCUUGAGAUGCAAUCCUGAAGUCACUAUGAGCCCUGCAGGUCUUGGGCUGUGAUGUGAAUAUGACCUGGCCCUAGAGAAGCCUUCCACGGAGUCUGAAGCCGCCUGCUUGUUUUCUUCGUUCCUGUUUUUGCAGAUGAAACGGGUUGAAGUUUCAUUUUCAAAAGCAGUUCUGCCUCUUGCCAUAUCUCCUGGUAGGUGGCCUCGCUCUCCUUGGUUUCUGGGCUAAUGUGUAAAUGUGGGGGUGUCUUUGCAGGCCCACUAUUCUCUAAAACCAGGUGCUUUUAUCUGUUGUGCUCCUCUUCUCAGCUUCCCUAGAAAUGUGCAGACAUGGCUUGUCCUACAGUGCCAAAGUAUUCCUGGGUAGGGACAGUUUAGCUGCCCCAACUCGGACUAUUCACACCAGUUCCUUUUGAAGUUAGUGUUCCGUUUAUUUUUUUGCAUGUAUUAGUUCAUGUAAAGAUUACACCUUGUUUUGGGAAUUGACACUAAA